CUCACAUGCGAAGGACAGUGAUUGUCUUUUUCCUUGCUCACACGGCACACUGUAGUCUAUCUCCGCGAGAGAAACCCAAUCGGCACCUAUCCGAAUUAUUUGUUUGAUUCGUCUCGCUUUGGUUGUUUUGUAUUGGCUGUCUUUAUUCGGGAUUUGCUGUGAACAUUGCCAUUUAUUCUCAUCCUGGGUCGCUUACUGUACUUUGCCUGCUGCGCCUUUACACGUUGUUUUAUCGUUUCUAGUGGCAAAGGAGGAGUCUUUCGAAUAGUCUUCUUUUAAAAUUAUAUUUUGACAUAUAAGCGCUCUCUGCGCUUUUCCUAUCCCGGACUGGACCAAUGCGUAGCCCGUGCCCAGCGGAUCCACGACAGCUCCGUUUCUCACACAGCAGAGUUCACGCUCAAUGGCCGGACCGAUGUGCGCCAGCAGACCCUGCCAACAUACACCUCUGAUGGAUCAUUUAUCUACCGUUUUCGAGCUUCUUUCGGGACCCUUGCACUUCCUUUAUACCUUAUAUUGUGCGUAAAGCCUUGGGGUCGGAGCUGUAGAGCGAAAGCAAUUGAGAUAAUGCCGCUUUCCCAACUCGACCGUUGGUCUGAACCGAGUCGACCUGUUUUACCUGGGCGCAUGCGGAGAAUCCUCUCGUUCUGAAUCACAAAAGAAGCCUGCCGUCUGGAUUUCUAUGUGGUUGGGAAUACACAAGUUGAACACUGAAACAUUUAGUCUACUCAAGACGGCAAGAAGUGAAGAUGGUUACGUGUUCAACGUGUAUUUCAUUAAAGUGGCAUCCAGCGUGAUAAACAUAAUCAGUGAUGUAGUGAGUCUGUUCAUAUGCGUGCUCAUCAUUUGCAGUAAAUACUCGCAACUGCUCAAACAGGGGACUAUGAAGAUGAUACUCUUCCGUAAAUUCCGAGUUUUGAUUCUCAUGGUGUUUCUAAUCGCCUGCUCGAUGCACAUCAUGAUAGACUUGUUACCAAAGCUGGAAAGGCGCAGCAACAGCGGCUGCUCCUGCUCGCACAAGCCGAGCGAGGACCCUCAGAACUGGGCUAAACACCGAGCCAGGUCGGGAGUGGAGUCAGGCUGGCCUAACAAACACACACUGAGAAUCCUUCAGGACUUCAGCAAUGAACCAAACUCUAACAUCUCUUCCCAUUCUCUGGAGAAGAACCCCAAAGCGGGAAACAAAACGGAAGUUUUUAAACGGCUUGAACAUUAUGCACAAAAUGGUGACAAAAAGAGACGGUUCAUACAGGACACUGUGGUCACCAAAAACAUACCUGUCAAGAGUUCAAGGUUGCUGGCUCUGUUUGACCACCCGUUAUUCAAGAGAGCCGUACCGUCUCUGACCGACGAAGACACAUUGUUCAACGUCAACACAGACAUCAGAUUUGACCCCAACGCCGCCACAGAGAAUCAGGAAUGGCACGCUGAAGGGAACAUGGAGGAGUACACUCCAACAGGAGGAGAGCUGACGGCUGACUCCUACCCCAACUGGCUCCGCUUCCACAUAGGGAUUAAUCGAUAUGAGCUCUACUCCAGACAUAACCUAGUCAUCGAUGCUCUGCUCAGGGACCUGGUCUCACAGAGAAUCACCAGCGUCGCCAUGAAAUCUGGAGGCACCCAACUGAAACUAAUCAUGACGUUCCAGAACUAUGGACAGGCUCUGUUCAAACCUAUGAAGCAGACCCGGGAGCAGGAGACGCCCCCUGACUUCUUCUACUUCUCGGACUUUGAGAGACACAAUGCUGAGAUCGCUGCCUUUCAUCUGGACAGAAUCCUGGACUUCCGUCGUGUCCCUCCUGUAGCUGGCAGACUGCUGAAUAUGACUAAAGAGAUCAAAGAUAUGACCAGGGACAAGAAGCUGUGGAAAACCUUCUUCAUAUCACCAGCCAACAACAUCUGUUUCUAUGGGGAGUGUUCGUACUACUGCUCUACGGAGCAUGCUCUGUGCGGUAAGCCGGACCAGAUCGAGGGUUCCCUGGCUGCCUUCCUCCCAGACCUGGCCUUGGCAAAACGUAAGACCUGGAGAAACCCCUGGAGACGAUCCUACCACAAACGCAAGAAAGCAGAGUGGGAGGUGGACCCUGACUACUGUGAAGAGGUGAAACAGACUCCGCCCUAUGACAGCGGCACCCGUCUGCUGGACAUCAUGGACAUGACCAUCUUUGACUUCCUCAUGGGCAACAUGGAUCGUCAUCACUAUGAGACGUUUGAGAAGUUUGGCAAUGAGAGCUUCAUAAUCCACCUGGACAACGGGAGAGGGUUUGGAAAGCAUUCCCAUGAUGAGGUGUCUAUCCUGGUGCCUUUAAGCCAAUGUUGCAGAGUGAAGAAGUCGACCCACCUGCGUCUGCAGCUGCUGGCCAAGGAGGAGUACCAGCUGAGUGAUCUGAUGUCUGAGUCUCUGCUGAGGGACAAACUGAUCCCCAUCCUCAUCCAGCCCCACCUGGAGGCUAUGGACAGACGCCUACGCCACACACUCAACGUCCUGGCAGACUGCAUCGAGAAGGAGGGCUAUAGUAAUGUUGUGGAGGAUGACCUGGCGGGGGAGAGGAAAGGGGCUCAGAUGCACACAUUACCCAGGGGGAGGUAGCUGGGAGGCCUGAACUGUUCUGGAAUGGACCAUACUGGAUUGGACCGAAUCGAACCGUACGGAACUAGAGUCGAUCAGACUGGACUGGAUUGAACUGGAUUGGACUGGACCAGAUUAAACCGGACUGAACCGGUUUUUACCACCAUCCACAUAGGCCCCUUAAAUAACAGUGUACACCUCCCAACCAAUCGAUCAUCUCCCACCACAGCACCACAGAUCAUGAAAGUCUUGUGAGAGCCGCUUGUCUUGUUCAGGAGACAUUUUUGAAUUCAGUGAAUUCCAAGACUGGUAUUAUUCCUUCUGCUGUCAACUGAAUAUUGUGUUUCUACACAUUGUUGGGACCUGUCACAGGUGUGCAAACGAUAUGCGUAUUGGAGAUCGAUUCUGUGUCUUAAUGAACAAUUUAUUGCAAAAUGUUUUAUAACUUCUGUUGCUCUUUUACAUUGUUGUUGAUGUGGUUUAAAAAAAAAUAAUUUAAGAGAUAUUUCAUUGGAGGGUUUACUGCAAAAUGUGUCUUCUGCUUUUCAUCUUUCAAGUGCUUCCUGUCCCGAGAGUAUUUAUUGCAUUUCAUAUUAAUUGUUUGAAAUAAAUGAGACCCACAUAAUUUUUCUAUCAAUAGGACUGGGGGCUCUAGUCAAUCUGUAUCGCUGAAGCUCCCGAGUGGUGCAGCGGUCUAAGGCACUGCAUCUCAGAGCUAGAGGUGUCACUACAGACUCUGGUUUGAUUCCAGGCUGUA